GCCGGCGGGGAUUUCCAGCGCGCGAGAGGAAGUGCCUGAGAGAGGGAGCGUGAGGGCGAGGGAGCGCGGCGCGGCGCGGCCGCCGCGUGCGCGAGCCGGGUUGCAGCCCAGCAGGGACUUUCCAGCCGGCGGCGGCGGCGGCCGCCGGCCCUUCCCCGCCCCCCGACAUGGGGCUGCCCGGGGAGCAGGACGCUGCGGACCGCGGCGGAGGACGCGCCCAGCGCCCCUGAGCCGGCCGAGCGGCGCGGACGCGGGUAGGGGACUCCACUACAUUAUCUGAAGAAGGAUAAGGUUGACGCUGCUUUGCUUUUUCUUUAUUGAAAUCUCUUCCUGCCUGAUCAAGCUUAGUUACAUCUUCUUACAGCAUAUGACACACAGGCUCGUUCUCCAGCCAGCAGCUUAGCUCAGGAGUGGGCCGUGCGUGGGCCAGGAUGCGGGACACUGAGCAGGACUGUGAGAGGCCCUGGGGCCCGCUGCAGAGCUACCCACGUCAGCACCUCACAUUCCAGGAUGGAGCCGAGUAAAAAGCUGGACGCAGCCGGCACCCUGCCAGCCAACCCCCCGCUGAAGCUGCACCCCGAGCGCGGCGCCGGGCCUGCCGUCCUGGUCCCCGAGCAGGGGGGCUACAAGGAGCGCUUCGUGAAGGCCGUGGAGGACAAGUACAAGUGCGAGAAGUGCCGCCUGGUGCUGUGCAACCCCAAGCAGACCGAGUGCGGACACCGCUUCUGCGAGACCUGCAUGGGCGCCCUGCUCAGCUCCUCCAGCCCGAAAUGCACUGCCUGUCGAGAAGGCAUCAGCAAAGACAAGGUGUUUAAGGAUAAUUGCUGCAAGAGAGAGAUUCUGGCCCUUCAGAUAUACUGUAGAAACGAAGGCAGAGGCUGUGUAGAGCAGUUAGCACUGGGGCACCUGCUGGUGCAUUUGAAGAAUGAUUGCCAGUUUGAGGAACUUUUGUGUGUCCGUGCCGACUGCAAAGAGAAAGUACUGAGGAAGGACCUGCGUGACCACGUGGACAAGGCCUGUAAAUACCGUGAGGCCACGUGCAGCCACUGCAAAAGCCAGGUCCCGAUGAUCACGUUGCAGAAACACGAAGACACGGAGUGUCCCUGCGUGGUGGUGUCCUGCCCUCAUAAGUGCAGUGUCCAGACCCUUCUGAGGAGCGAGUUGAGUGCACACUUGUCAGAGUGUGUCAAUGCCCCCAGCACCUGUAGCUUUAAGCGCUAUGGCUGCGUGUUUCAGGGGACAAACCAGCAGAUUAAGGCCCACGAGGCCAGCUCCGCGGUGCAGCAUGUCAACUUACUCAAAGAAUGGAGCAACUCUCUAGAGAAAAAGGUUUCCUUGCUACAGAAUGAAAGUGUAGAAAAAAACAAGAGCAUACAGAGUUUGCACAACCAGAUAUGUAGCUUUGAAAUUGAAAUUGAGAGACAAAAGGAAAUGCUUCGAAAUAAUGAAUCCAAAAUACUUCAUUUACAGCGAGUAAUAGACAGCCAAGCAGAGAAGCUGAAGGAGCUCGACAAAGAGAUCCGCCCCUUCCGGCAGAGCUGGGAGGAGGCAGGGAGCAUGAAGAGCAGCGUGGAGUCCCUGCAGAGCCGGGUGACCGAGCUGGAGAGCGUGGACAAGAGCGCGGGGCAGGCGGCUCGGAACACAGGCUUGCUGGAGUCCCAGCUGAGCCGGCACGACCAGAUGCUGAGUGUCCACGACAUCCGCCUGGCCGACAUGGACCUGCGGUUCCAGGUCCUGGAGACCGCCAGCUACAACGGCGUGCUGAUCUGGAAGAUCCGGGACUACAAGCGGCGGAAGCAGGAGGCUGUCAUGGGGAAGACCCUGUCCCUCUACAGCCAGCCUUUCUACACCGGCUAUUUCGGCUACAAGAUGUGCGCCAGGGUCUACCUGAACGGGGACGGCAUGGGCAAGGGGACGCACCUGUCUCUGUUUUUUGUCAUCAUGCGUGGAGAAUACGACGCUCUGCUUCCCUGGCCGUUCAAGCAAAAGGUGACGCUCAUGCUGAUGGACCAGGGGUCCUCCCGGCGACACUUGGGGGACGCUUUCAAGCCGGACCCCAACAGCAGCAGCUUCAAGAAGCCCACCGGCGAGAUGAACAUCGCUUCCGGCUGCCCAGUCUUCGUGGCCCAGACUGUGCUGGAAAACGGGACGUACAUUAAAGAUGAUACCAUUUUUAUCAAAGUCAUAGUGGAUACUUCGGACCUGCCAGACCCCUGACGAGUCUCUGGGGAGGCGGAUUGAGCAGAAGGCACCUCCUCCGGGGGGUUUGAACCGGCCGUCUCCACCGAGGUCCUCACGCCCAGAAAAGGACCUUGUGGAACGGAGGAAGCGGCAGGUGGUGGCCGCGGGCCGGCGGGAGGAGCCACGCGUCAGGACACACACACCACGUUUUCUAAUAGACUAGCAACCCUUCACUUGGAAGAAUUAUUUAUCCUUCGACGAGAGAAAUACUGCUGUCAGAGAAGGUUUUCGUUUUCAUUUUUAAAGAUCUAGUUAAUUAAGGUGGAAAACAUAUAUGCUAAAGAAAAGAACCAUGAUUUUUCUUCCUUAAACACCAAAAAAAGAAAACACACACACACACACACACACACACACACACACACACACACACACACACACACACACACACACACACACACACACACACACACACACACACACACACACACACACACACACACACACACACACCUGGGGAUAGCUGGACAUGUCAGCAUGUUAAGUAAAAGGAGAAUUUAUGAAAUCAUAAUGCAGUUCUGCUAUAUUCAUUCUAAGAUUUAAGAGUGCAGUCCUGUUUCACACAUAGCCCGUUGUCUGUUUUAAGGCCUCAUCUGGUCUCUGCUUCAAUACUCUGUCAGAAGACCCUGAAGUGCGCCUAGGUCUUUUUUGAAAGUCUCUAAAUUCAGAAUCGUUUUUUAAUUUAAAGUUCUAAGAUAAUUGUUACUGCAAACAUUUCAUUUUAAAACGUUGAUAGACUGAUAUUUCUUGGAAGAAAAUGUAAAAUAUCAAACACUGGUUAUCACUUGUGAUAGGAAAGAGAAUAUUCAAUCUGUUGUUAUUUCUCGUUAGAAAUGUAAACCUUCGAUAUCUGUCGUAGUUAAUGACACUACUUCAAAAUUACUAUGAAAGGAAAAUUG